AUGGCGAAAAUCUACAAGGAUACCCGAGUGGACCUCCGGCCAUUCUCGCCGACCACGGUCGCCAACAUCCAGGUGUCGCCCUACGAAAGCGCGUUCCGUCGGCCUCGCUUUUCUAUCUCGUCUGCCCCCGACCACGACAUCCCAAUCGCAAAGGAUGAAGACGAAUUCGCCAGACGAUACCUUGCGACUCAAGGCGCUGUGUACUUUCGCAAGCGCAGAACCUACCCCCGGACGUUCUUAUGGAGGGUCGUCAACGAUAACAAAGUGCUAGAGAUCCAAUGCGCGGACCUGGCGAAGAGUGGGACGGAGCAUUUCGAAUACAAUGUCACUCUGCGACUCAAUUUCCAAGAGGAAAUCCUUCCUUCGAAUGUUGCUCUGGCCGAUUCGGAGGACCACGAGAUCCUCAAUGUUUUCGUGAUUACCGCCUCCAAGCAGCUACAUACCCUGGCGCUUCGUCCCGAAUUCUUUCGCAGACCCGGGUCAAUCGACGAGAACGUGACCGAAUGGUGCAAAACUUGUGUCCCGGCUCCUCUUUCCUUCUCGCAUCCUCACAGACUACACGCGAGCAGCCCAUUGGAGCUGUUCAUCUCUCUCGAUAACGGUGCGCUUCUGCGACUGACCCGGAGAGCCAGUGAUGAUGGUUCACACUGGACUCCUUUGACCUUCGAUGAACGGACGUGGGGGGCCUCCAUCCGGGGCCUCGUCAAGUGGAACGCACCCUCCUCGAUCAAACACCACGGACGCAACCUUGACCUCAAUGCGGCCAAUGCCAUCGCCACUACAUCUGACGAGACAUAUGUAUUCGCUGUUUGCUUGAACCACACCCUGAAGAUAUGGAACCUUGCGACAAACAAACUCGCAGCUUCGCAAGAUCUUCUGGGCCGCCCAAUAAACCCCGAUACCGUACCGUACACAUUGAAUCCUGCUGAAAUCUCCUUUAUCCGAGUAUUCAAUGCGGAAAGGGCAAUGGAUGGGGGUCAUCGUUUCUACGUGGUCACAUACUCUCCGUAUGAAGAUGGGCGCUUCAAGUUCUGGGCCGUCAAGGGCGGCUUGACCUCAGAGCUCGUCAUCGAAGAUAUUUACGCGGAUGAUGUGUUUAAACCGGUGGACCCAGAUACAACGGGUAAUAUGUUCUGGAGCAUUGCGGACUUCCAAGUCAAGCCCGUGGAGGAAGGAAGGGGAAUGGAGUUGUGGGUGUUGUGGAGAAACCACGGCCUGUACCAGCUAUACACCCUUCAUUUUGAUCUUCAAACUUUAGUGUCGGACUGGGAUACCAAUUGGGUGUCUACGGCAUAUGAAACACACCGACAGGAAUCGAUGCCACCUCCUACGCUCGAUGAUGUUGUGGACCCGACCGAGAAAUGGCUUGCAUACAUCUUGCACCCAAACCGAUAUCGCCCCGAGGUCCUUGAGACAGCCCUCACUGUUUACCAGGAAGCUCUAAAACCUCUUUCCGCGUCGUCAUCAGGGGUUUUGAAGAAAGACGUUGCGCUAUCGGAACGCCUUUGCUCCACCAUUGCUGCAACUGUCUCUCUGCGCAAGUAUGCAGAUGAUGAGAUGGAUUACGCCCGUUUCCGAGCCGACACAGAUGCCAAAUGGCGCCAGUUUUGGCAAGUUGCCGAUGACCUCAACAAGCGCAGAUUCGAACCGGUCUCCCUCGCGUACGAUUCUUACUUCGACAUGCCAUGGCUGGUUCUCUCGGACUCAUGUGCUGUGAUUCGCGAAUGUAACACCACGGAAUUGCUCCUCCAUAAUUCUGCUUCUCGCCUGAGCGAGGAAGGAUCUAAGAUUGUGAGCCGCUGGAGCCACCGAAACGUUACUUCUGAGCUUGGAAACCUCUAUGCAGAGGCAUCUUCCUUGAUGAAAAUUGCGUCGGAUUUCAGGAAGCGGUUUUCUGCCGAGCUCGAUGCGGCUUGUCGGGCAGCUCUUGAUGCUGAGCUUUUUACCGAACCGUCAUCAUCGAUCACGGACCGCAUGGACAUCUUCAGAGAACGUUGCGAAAUCGCAGACAAAAUCUCCAACAAGACCUUUGACGGUCUAUGUGCGGUCUUGAAUGAGCAUUUCGAGGCAGAGGCCUUGCCCAGUGAAGUUUUCGACGCGAUUCUUGAUACCCUUCCGCUCGGAUUCAAGGGAGAAGAUUCGAAUUUUGUGUCCACCUAUUUCGGAAAUCGGGUUGGCGUCAGUGGUGCUCUUGAGACAAUUACCCAGAACCGCCGGAUACUCUAUGAUCUGUUAGUCCUGGUCAUUUUCGUGGACACCGAAAUCGAGCAGGAACCACACUCUACCUUCGAUGCCGCCAGAUUGUUCUCCACGCUCAUUGAUCUGCUACACGAGUAUGAGAUGAUGUACUGGCUCAGCUCGAACGUCCGAAAAUGCCCUGAUCGUUCCACCGCAGCUGGUGCAGACCAAUCGCCACAAUUCUUGAGGAUCUUUUCGUUUCAGACAUUCGCCCGCGCCCCUCCCGUUGACCGGCCACAAACCUACACCCUGACAUUGGGGAUCCGGGAUCUCCUGGCUUGGAUAACCCGGCAAGGUCAAGUGGCGUACCCCAACGCAUUGACUCAUAUCCAGUGCGACCUCAUCGCUAGGAACAACAUUGAUCUCGCAUGGGAUUUCCUGCGUUUCCAGCCCAGCACCUCCUGGGCAACCUACGUCAAGGGUCGCCUGUAUGUGGCGAUGUCAGAAUUCGACACAGCUGCCAUCUACUUCCGAAAGGCCGCAUACCUCCUUUCGCACGGAAAAGCGCUGGGUAACCUUCAUGAAAUGUCAGCCACUCUCCUGGACCUGGUGUCUGUGAAUUGCUUCUACAACGGCAUUCCCAAGUACUACCAGCACAUUCUCUCGAUCUUCGAGCGGGCUCGCUCCUUUUCGCAUGUCGCAGACUUUGCUGGUCUGGCACUGCAGGCCCUCGACUCUCAAACGUGGGCUAAACAAGACCCGGAAUACGACAGCAUGCGAACCGAUCUGCUUUCACGACUCUUCCACGCAUCUCUCAAGACUUGUCAAUUCGACCAGGCAUACUCCGCACUGGCUCGAUACCAGGAUCUUGCGCUGCAGAGAUCUGCGCUCAGUUCCCUCGUUUCUAAUAUCCUUUCCGUCUCCGGACCAGGCACUGCCGGUCUUAAGCAGAUCCUUCGCUUCCCCGUCUCGCUCCUCCCCAACAUCUCUUCCUACAUCGACGAGAUCCUUGUCACCCUCUCACGGAAGCAAGGCACUUUCUCUUCAUGGCUGGACAUCGACAAAAAAGAUGCCGGUGAUUCCCCGGAUUACCACCGCAUCUUGCAGGCGUACCGCAUUGCCCGGAACGACUACCGCGGCGCUGCGGAGAUUGCUUAUCGGAAUGUCCAGCGCUUGCGACAAGGAAGAGAUUCCCCGUCCUCCGCAGUUGUCCGCAAGAGCAAGAAAGAAGCCGAAGAAGCCGGUAUUCCAGAGGAUGACGCCGAAAGCAAGGAGAUCCGCCAUGAACUGCUGUCUCUGAUUAACCUCCUCGCCUCUGUCGACAAGAGCGAGGCGUACAUCCUGGUCGAGACCGGUUCGCCCGCGUCCGGUGCAGCCCAGUUCAAUCCACGGCGCCGUGGCUCACAUGCAGACGAAGACGGCAACGUAUUCAUGGAAGAUGCGGAGGCGAGCACUCCCACCGAUUUUAACCGCCGCAUGUCCACCGCCAGCAACGGAUCAUUCACAUCCGGGGGUCGUAGAGGAAGCUUCGCCUCGGUGGAUAGACGUGCCAGUACUUCCGCCAAGCCAGUCGUCGAAGCUACUCAGGAACGCGUCAUCGUCACACUUGAGCACUUGCGACGGGAGUACCAGUCUGAACUCGAUCGCGUCAGUCGCAUUGAGCGAGGUGACUGGGAAUUCGGUCUGCUGGGUGAUGAGGAGGACGACGAGUUUGAUAACGACGAAACGAUGGUUCUGUCUUAG